AUGACUCUAAAAAGAGACAUCAAAGCAAUUGAAGCAACACAUAUACAAAGAGGCACAAUCCUGGCUUUGAAUACGAAUUACGACGAUAGUAGGAUUAAGAUUAUUGAAGAAGAUUAUGAUUCAGGUGAAGAAUGGAGUCGAGGACCAACAGUUCCAAUCUUACCAGAAGGUUAUCUCGUGGAACUUAAGGCAUCGAAAGAAAAUCAAAUACAAAAUGUGAUAAAGUCGUCGGUUAACACAACAACACCAGCAUCAAUAUAUGAUUUUCAUGGAAACAGAAUUAUUGUACGACCCGAGGAAGCGCUUAUUGUUAUCCUUGUUUUGAUUUUAUGGGUUGGAGCAGUUGCACUGUUUUUUCAUCGUUGGGGAAAAAUUCGAAUGCUCGAGCCGUAUACACCGAAAUUCGAAGAAGCACUGCAUCGUCCGAGUUGCCCACUAACGACCUUAGAGGCUGUUGCUACAAAGAGAAUGUCUCUAGGUCCUAUGUCGAUACAAUGGAAUCAAAUGGGUCUUAAUCAAAGUCGAGGCUACUCACCAUACAACCGACCACGGUUAAAUUCAGUUUUUGUUGGUCCCCACCUGUUCUCACCGCCACAACCACCAAGAAAAACGAAAUCAGCUUUUGAUAUUCAUUCUCUUAUAUUAAGCGAAGCCGAAUGUGAAGUAUGAGAUGAAACUACAAACAGCACAAAAAAGAAUCCAAAAUAUUUUUCCUGUGUCGCCAUGUAUUGUAAAACUCUAGGGAAUAAAAAUAAAGAGAAAC